CAAAACCCUUAAAGGCAAAAGAGACCCCCCAAAACCCUUGGCUUACUCACUAGUAAGAAGACCGAAAUGGCGUCGUCUCAGGGCAAAAAGCGAGUCUCUGCGACGAGCAACGAGCAGUCAUUAAUCGCGAGGGUAUCGCGCAGCGUGUCUCAGUCGCCGAUCGUCCACCAGUCGAAGCGCGCAGCCUCGGACGCGGCCUUGGUGUCGAAGAAGCUGAUCCGCAGCACGGGCAAGGCCGCGUGGAUCGCCGGCACCACCUUCCUCAUCCUGGUGGUGCCCCUCAUCAUCGAGAUGGACCGCGAGCAGCAGCUCAAUGACCUCGAGCUCCAGCAGGCCAGCCUCCUCGGUACCCCCAAGUGACUCAGGUCAGCUCCGCUCAUCGGAGAUUGGGUUUUGGAUUGGAUGUUAUAUGUGAUUUUGGCUUUGGUGUUUUGAGAAUUAGCGUUUGCAGCGUUAGAGCAUUUUUAAUUGGAUUCUCUUUAAUUGCUUCGGAUUUUCAAAUGAAAUGGAUGCCUAAGUUAUUUAGGGUUC